CCCCGAUGGACUUCCCGCAGGUUAAUUCCUUCGUCUUGUCUGCCUGCGAGCUCUGAAACCGGGGGGAGCAAAGCGGAGGAGAGCAAGCGGCAUCCGUCCAACAAAACCUCAAGCCCUGAGCAAUAAAAAGAAAUCGGAAGCGACGGGGGAGUCUGCCCUCGCGCAAUGCAAUGCCUGCGGCACCCCGAAGCCAAAGCCCUCACGAGAGUGGAAGUCUAGAGAGAGAAAGAGAAGGAGAGAGAUAGGGAGGGAGGCAAUCUCCAAAUUUAGGUAGCAAAAAGGGAUUCUUGGCGGUUUUCCAUGUAGGAGGAGCUUGAAGUUCUUGGAGGAGAGUGGAGGUUUUCUUCUUCUUCCUCGACCGCUUCUUCUUCGAAUUCUUGGCCCGAAGCCGGAGAUUUUCUUCGAUUUCUGGACGAAAGGAGGGAGCAGCGGUUGAUCUCGCUGGAUCCUGAUGAUUUGUCCAAGAAACGGACCGGUGGGAUUGUUGCUAAAUAUUUAAGUUUUUUUUUUUGGGGGGGGGGGGCAAGAUUUUGGUGGUCACAUCUUGAAUCUUUGAAGAAGAUCAUUUUCUUUGAUUUGAAGGCGAACAAGCUUAUGUUGAUGAUAAAGUUGUUGGGAUACUAAAAGGUCGAGUCCGAACUGGGGAAAAAGGUGGAAAAAAACCCGCCAGUUUGACUCCUUUUUCUAAAGCUCUCGAAUGCUGUCGGUUGAGUUGCUCUCUGAAAAAUAGCAAGAAAAAGGGCGAAAACAAGAGAGCAAUAGAAGAGUUUGCAUUCUUUUAUCAUUAUUUGGAGGCAAAAAUAGAAAAUUCGACCCUUUUAUGUCACACGAUUUUGGUUUUUUUUGGGAAAGAUGGACGGGUGGCUUGGAGUAGAAGCGGUGUGUGCUGCAGCUGUGGCUGUUAGGAAGCUUGGUUAUUGUUAAAUUCUGGUCUAAGGUCUCUUUUUGGGGUCGGUGGGAAAUGGCGUCUUCUUGGGACCAGAUGGGUGAGAUUUCGAAUGUCGCCCAGCUGACGGGCCUCGACGCCGUUCGUCUGAUCGGAAUGAUUGUGAAGGCGGCGUCCACCGCACGGAUGCACAAGAGGAACUGCAGGCACUUUGCAAAGCACUUGAAGCUGAUUGGCAACCUCUUGGAGCAGCUCAAGAUUUCGGAGCUCAAGAAGUAUCCGGAGACUCGGGAGCCUCUGGAGCAGCUGGAGGAUGCCCUGAGGCGGUCCUACAUUCUUGUCAACAGCUGCCAGGACCGCAGCUAUCUGUAUCUUUUGGCUAUGGGGUGGAACAUUGUCUACCAGUUCAGGAAGGCUCAGAAUGAGAUUGAUCGGUACCUAAGGAUCGUUCCACUCAUCACUCUUGUGGAUAAUACUAGAGUCAGGGAAAGACUGGAGCAUAUUGAAAGGGAUCAAUGUGAAUAUACUUUUGAUGAAGAGGACAGAAAGGUGCAAGAUGCCUUAUUAAACCCUGAUCCUUGCAACAAUCAGACAAUGGUGCUGAAAAAGACUCUUUCCUGUUCUUAUCCAAACUUGCCUUUUGAUGAAGCCCUGCAAAAGGAAAAUGAGAAGCUCCAAAUGGAACUUCAAAGAUCACAAAGUGACAUGGAUAUUGGUCAAUGUGAAAUAAUUCAGCGUUUGCUUGGAGUAACAGAAAAUGUAGCAUAUUCUCUGCCAGAGAAAAGUGAGAAGCUCAAGGAUUGCAAGAAUGUGGAGUCAAAUUAUUCGGAUAUUAAUAUGGAUGCACGGCACUCCUUUGAUGGCAUUGACUACAUGGCAUCAAGAAAUGUUUCUCCAGUUUCAUCUGGUCAUGAUUUGAUCUCAAACAGAGGUUCACACAGACAUGAAGAUUGGCAUUCAGAUUUGCUUGGUUGCUGUUCAGAGCCUUAUCUAUGUAUGAAGACUUUGUUCUACCCUUGCGGAACAUUUUCAAAAAUAGCUACAGUAACCAAAAACAGACAUGUUUCUUCUGCAGAAGCCUGCAAUGACCUGAUGGCAUAUACAUUAAUAUUGUCAUGCUGUUGUUACACCUGCUGUGUCAGGAGGAAACUUCGCAAGAUGCUGAAUAUCACGGGGGGUUUAUGUGAUGAUUUCCUAUCACACCUGAUGUGCUGCUGCUGUGCACUUGUUCAAGAAUGGCGUGAAGUGGAGAUUCGUGGAGUUCAAGGUACAGAGAAGAAAAAAACAAGCCCACCACCUUCUCAAUACAUGGAAUCUUAGCUGGCAACUGGGACUAGAAGUUCAGUUUGUGUUGUAUAGUCAAUACCCUUUUGAUUGCCAAGUUUAUCAUGAGCAGUACCAGUAAUAUAAAGUUAUGUCUUGCUGUCUGUUGUACUCGGUAUUUCUUGGUAUUCUUCUCUGCUACAGUGCUCUGUAUCAUAGACCUGCUUUUGUGGUAUGGCAUUGUCUAUUUGACCUAUUCAAAAAGAAGAAACAGUUUCCAGAUG